CGGACAUGACAAUAAAAUCUUUAGUGGAAAUUCUAUGUAUUCACUUAUUACUAAUUUUGCACUUGUACAAGGUUCUUUUUCUAUAGCGGUGCAGCUUAUAUGGCACAAAAUGCUGUUUGUUUUAAAGAAUUCAUAAACAUGGGGUUUUCCAAUUACAGAAGCUAUCAAAACCCAGGGCUAAUUCUGUUAACUCACCCUCAAGAAAUUCCAAAUGAAAAGCAUAUUGGAUUUCCCAAUAUUUCACGUUUCGUUCAAUCUGAAUUGUAUUUAUACCUGUGAAAAUAUGAUGACACCGGACACUUUUCAGAUUUGGUGUUGUGAAGGGAUUUGUCUAAAUUGUAUGUAUGUAGGAUGAGUUAUUCCCUUAUUUGAAUUUUGUUUUUGUCAAUCAAAUCGCUAUAUGUAUAUUAUGAGUGUGGUUCCAAUAAGAGAUGAUGUUUACGUGCAAAGUGUGAAUGAUUGCACUUAUUCUCAUGUGCAGUACUAUUAUUGCCUUUCAUUUGAAAAUGGGAGAUUUGUUACUUAAGUACAAAUAUGUCAUCGCGUUUUUAAUCAAUACGUAAUUGUUAGCAUAUUUAGAUCAUAAGUUGAAUGCACCGAGUUUGUUCUUACUUUUCAUGGGAAGUGCAUUUUUUAUUUGAACUUUGUUCUCACUUUUCAUGGGGAGUGUGCAUUUUUUAUUUGAACUCAUAUUCUAAUAACCGAGCAACCGUUAUGUUGUGCAAGAUGUUACAGCAAUUGAUACAGACGGAGUAUGAUUGAUUCUUCAAUUGAUCCCUUGAUUUAAUUUGGAACUAAGAGCAACGAAAAAGCCCUCAUUAACCUACCUGGCCGGCCUUUAUUGAGUUCCGAUUUUGGGACUUACGUAUUGCUUAGUGAUACAAAUAAGAUGAAUUACUGAAGAGUUAGUUUUAUGUUUUAAACUGGAGUGGAAUUGAACAAGUGUUUUUCGAGCAUCACAUUUGCAAAUUGGGGCAUUCUUUUAACAAUAUGCUAAAAGAUCAGACGUCCUUUUUUAUGAAAAAAAACAACACUCAUCCUCUAUGAAGUAGUUCCAUAGAUUAACAUCUGAAUUUAAAAUCUCUCAGAAAUAGAAAAAUGUUUGAUCCAAUGAAACAAACGUACACCAAUGUUACGAUUAUUUUGAUGCUUUGUGUUCAAAACUUUUUCUUUUUAAUCAGAAAAUGGUGCAAGGUGAGGAGAAGAAACUAAAACUCAACCAACCAAUUAUAUCAGUAAGGCGAGGAGUUUCAGCGAAGAAGCUGGAAACGGGGGCGGCACUUCGACUUAAUAGAUCAGAGUCCACCGUGAGGAGUCCAGGAGUUGUUCCGUUUGUAUGGGAAGAUAGCCCUGGAAAACCCAAGUCUAACCAAUGCUGCUGCAGCUUUGAUAAAGCCGUCCGCAGACUAAAAAGUUUCAACCGGGAUGAUGAUGAUGAUGAGCAACAAGUUAUAGUGAGCAGCAGCAGCAGGCAGUAUUGGGGGGAUCAUGUUGUUGAUACACCACUUCCCAAAACCACUUUUGUCUUCUUUAAGGGGUCAGACACUAGUAGUGCCUGCCCACCGCCUGUUGCACCUCCUACCAAUUUCAUGAUUGGUUUAUUCUUGCCACCAUCAACUAAAACAGUGUCCCUCACAAAACAAGGGGUGCUCCAAAAGCCUAUGAACCGGGCAGGGAAGCACAGAGGUAGGCUGCAACCAUCUAGUUUUGAUGCACUGUGUUACGGAUCUCAUCGUGACCUUAAAAAAGAAAAAGAAGAAGAAGCAGACGCGACUGAUUUUCCUCCUAAAGCUUGUGGAGCAGUGCCUCCAUUCUGUGUUACAAGUUCUACUUUUAUUAUGGAUCCCGUACCCGCAACAACUUUAGAAAAGACUCGAGUGUUCCCCACGUCUCCAAGUAAUAAAAUGCACACAUACUCCCCCGCUCGUUCUUGCAUAAAAAGAGUAAAUGAUGAUGCCAACGUGGGAUGGAUGGCUGGUCUAAGUAAGCAAAAGGUAGAAGUUAUUAGAAAAAGCAGAUUUGCAGCAGGCAAUGGGGCGGGUCUUGAUGCAAUGAGAUCCUGCAAAAAGCUUCAGAAAUGGUUGGAUGAUCAGAGUAAUAGCUCCUCAAUGCAAGUGCAAGAUUCAGAGAGAUCUUCAAUUACAAACAGAAAUUCUCAAAUGAUGACGAUGACAAAGACAAAAGAACAUGAAGGCCAUGCAGCAGCAGCAGCAGCAGCAGCUAAUUCUUUCACAGAUGAAGGAGCCAACAAAAGAAAGCUGCCUGCUGCUGUCAGAAAUGUAGACACUGAUAAUGCUAGCAGCAGCUUUGAUCUGAUGCUGCUUACUGCUACUUCGUCGUAUCAAGGCACGGCCAUAAAACAGGAAGCAAGUAGGAAGCCAAGGCAGCAUUCAUCAGAUAAAGAUAUGAUGAUGAACUUUGUGUUUCCUGCUGCAGCUUCCCCGCCACUGCCACCGCCUUUACCUGAAUCUCCGACUGAUUCUUGGCUCUCCCGCACUUUGCCUUUGCUGUCUGCUAAAUCUGCACCUUCAACGCCUUCUCGCAAAACCCCCUUCUGAUGAGCUGAUCGAGGUACACUCAUUAAUUGACCUCAUCCAUCCGCCUGCUCGCCCAUAAACAUUUCAUUUACUACUACUAUACACGAAGUAUUAGCUUGUGCUUUGUUUGUGCAAGAUCAGAUACAGAUCAGAACCCAACUUUACCCACAUAAAGAAUGGUGAUUAUAUUCAGAAGCAGAACAUAUAAUAUCAGCAAGCUAGUUCUUCAGCAAUGCAGGCCUUAGCACACGGAUCAUACACACACAAACACACUGUAUAUUUAAUAUUUUACUGUAUGAAGCUGUUUCUUGAUUUAAUUAUGAAGAUGUUUCUUGAUUUAAUGAUGAUCUAAAGUUUUUUAUCCCAAAAGAAAAUUAAAAGGAUGGAAAAAGGGGUCUUUU